GCCGCCCGGGCGGACCCGGCGAGAGGCGGCGGCGGGAGCGGCGGUGAUGGACGGGUCCGGGGAGCAACCCAGAGGCGGGGGGCCCACCAGCUCUGAGCAGAUCAUGAAGACAGGGGCCCUUUUGCUUCAGGGUUUCAUCCAGGAUCGAGCAGGGCGAAUGGGGGGAGAGACACCCGAGCUGGGCUUGGAGCAGGUGCCCCAGGAUGCCUCCACCAAGAAGCUGAGCGAGUGUCUGAAGCGCAUUGGAGAUGAAUUGGACAGCAACAUGGAGCUGCAGAGGAUGAUCGCAGCUGUGGACACAGACUCUCCCCGAGAGGUCUUUUUCCGAGUGGCGGCUGAAAUGUUUUCCGACGGCAACUUCAACUGGGGCCGGGUUGUCGCCCUUUUCUACUUUGCCAGCAAACUCGUGCUCAAGGCCCUGUGCACCAAGGUGCCCGAGUUGAUCAGGACCAUCAUGGGCUGGACAUUGGACUUCCUUCGAGAGCGGCUGCUGGGCUGGAUCCAGGACCAGGGUGGUUGGGACGGCCUCCUCUCCUACUUUGGGACACCCACAUGGCAGACGGUGACCAUCUUUGUGGCUGGAGUGCUCACUGCCUCGCUCACCAUCUGGAAGAAGAUGGGCUGAGGCCAUCAACUGCCUUGGACUUUUUCUGCAUAAAU